CAGGUGAUAUUUUUAUUUUGGGAGACAAUUCGACUCCACCGGUUUUAAAUAAUUGCAGAUAAAUUUAAAAGUAUUGAUUAAACAAAACAAUGUUUGCAGGUUUUAUUAUGGUUAUUACUGCUCAGUUAUCACUGCUAAAUGAUUCUUUGAAAAAUUUGCAUACCUUUUCAUCUCAUGAAGGAAAACCAACUGUUGAAAAUAUUAACGAAGAAGCAAUGAUUAAGAAUAUUAUAAAGUGUGUACAUAACCAUCAAGAGAUUCUCAAAUUUACAAAAGAAAUUGAAUCUCUUUUCACCGUAGCCACUUUUGGACAAUUUUCAAUAAGUGUAUUAAUUCUUUGUACUACUUUGUUUAAAUUAGCAUCGCUGGAAAAGAACAACUUGGAAUUUUUCUCACUGGUAUUAUACAUUUUUGUUAUAACAAGUGAGGUAUUCAUUUUUUGCUAUUUUGGAAACGAGGUUAUAACAAAGCACAAUGAAUUGACCAACUCUGCUUAUCACAGCGAAUGGCGAAAUUGCUCUAAAACUUUUAGAAAAAACUUAAUAUUUUUUAUGACUAGAAGCCAAAAGACGUUACGUCUUCUUGCUGGAGGAUAUGUUACUUUGUCGCUAGAAACGUUUGUUGCGGUAACAAAUAUUUAUUACAAAUUAUUUUAA